AUGUUUCCUCCUCCUUCUCCACCUCCACCUCUACUUCCUUUUUUUUUCCUCCAUUGCCAUUCACUUGCACAGGCACAGGACCUUUCAAAACUAAACAGAGAUCUAGCAAAAGUUCUUAAUUUUAGUGGCCAUGCUUUGGAAAGUUGCCUUCAAUAUGAGAACUGUGUUCCUGUUAAGCCAUGGCAGCAACAUGAUAAAGAUGACACCUCUCUUUUUGAUUUUAUACCAUUUCUUGAGUUUGUUGUUCGUAGCAGUCCAGCUGAUAUAAGACCAGUGCUAGCGUCUUACCAAGGAUGUGAUAUUCCGACUGAAUUCAUCAAUCGUUCCAAAGAUUAUCAGAGAAGAAAGCAAGAACAGAAGCAUAGGGGUCGCUUCUGGAGAAAUUGA